AUGGGGGCUCUCACGCCAUCAGCCAGCUCUUCUGGUCAAUCUGGCGACUCUUCCGCCAGCCAACACAAAAGGAGUAGCAGCAGUUUCUAUUCCGAUGGAUCGUCCGACGUUGGUGGAUCGCGGCCACCCGCCCCCGUACGCCGGUCACUUUUACCUGGCAUUCGUCGCCAUCCAACUAGGAAAAUCAAGCUCGGCCAAGGCAAUGUGUUAAGCGCAGACUACCCGGUACCAAGCGCGAUCCAGAACGCCGUGCAGAAACAGUAUCGGGAAUCGGCAGAAAAUGCCGAGGAAUUCACCCACUUACGAUACACGGCUGCAACAUGCGACCCGGACGAAUUUGUAAUGCGAAAUGGAUACAAUCUGCGCCCUACGAUGUAUAAUCGCCAUACUGAAUUACUCAUCGCAAUCACCUACCGGAGCGAGAAUAAAGUGCUGACGGCAAGGACUCUGCACGGCGUGACCCAAAAUAUUCGCGAUAUUGUCAAUCUCAAAAAAUCAGAGUUCUGGAAUCAGGGUGGGCCUGCUUGGCAGAAGAUCGUUGUCUGUCUGGUUUUCGAUGGAAUUGAUCCUUGCGAUAAAAACACCCUCGAUGUCCUGGCGACAAUUGGGGUUUACCAAGACGGAAUCAUGAAGCGAUCUGUUGAUGGGAGAGAAACUACCGCUCACAUCUUCGAAUAUACCACACAACUUUCUGUCACGUCAAAACAGGCUCUAGUUCGGCCGAACGGUGAUGAAAUGACAAAUUCUCCACCAGUCCAGAUGAUAUUCUGCUUGAAACAGCAAAGCAGUAACAAAAUCAACUCACAUCGAUGGAUAUUCAACUCAUUUUCCCGUAUGCUGAAUCCGGAGGUUGUGGUUUUGCUGGAUGCCGGUACAAAGCCCUGCAAGGAAUCAUUUUUGAUGCUGUGGCAGUCAUUCUAUAACGACGAAAAUCUAGGCGGGGCUUGCGGCGAAGUGCACCCCAUCAUGAGCAAGACGAGUUUUAUCAACCCAUUCGUUGCAGCUCAAAAUUUCGAGAUGAAGAAAUCGAAUAUUCUGGAAAAACCACUGGAAAGCAUCCUUGGCCAAGUUUCUCUUGGAGAGUUUUCUGCAUAUCGGUAUCGGGCCAUCAUGGGUCGGCCGUUGGAACAAUAUUUUCACGGUGACCUAACGCUUUCGAAGAAGCUAGGCAGGAAAGGCUUCGACGAAAUGAGCAUUUUUAAGAAAAAUAUGUUCUUCGCAGGUGAUCGGAUCUUGUCAUUUGAGUUGGUCGCCAAGGCUGGAUUCAAUUGGCGCUUGGCCUUCGUCAAAGGGGCGAGAGGCGAGGCUGAGGUGCCGAGAGAUUUUGCAGGUUUUAUCAAUUCCAGACGUCAAUGGCUCAAUGGCUCAUUUGCUGCGAAUCUGUAUGCAUUCAUCCAUUUCGGUCGGACUUACCAAAAGCGGACAGAGUAUCCUUCAGAUGGCUCUUCUUCAUCUUCAAAUGGUGUACAAAUUUGUGCAAAUUGUGCUCUCUUGGUUCUCAUUGGGUAUGUUUAUUUCGUGCACAACUUCCGUAACGAUAUCCCACUGACAAUUUUUAGCUUCUUUCUGGUUGAUAACCUCGAUCAUUAUGGGCGUCCGUGGCCGUUUGGCAAUGAGGCUUCUCUGAUCGUGAAUGACUUUCUCAAAUACGGCUAUGUGUUACUAUUGGGCAUCCAAUUUAUUUUGUCUCUUGGAAAUCGCCCCAAAGGGCAAGUUGAUUUCAUCCUCAUGUCUGGUCUAGCGUACACAGUCUCAUUCCUCUACUUCCCCGUGAUCCAGAUAUACACCGCAGUUCUGGCAUUUUAUCUCGUCAGCCAGGCCACGACAAAGGUAUCAUUCGAUAUUGUGAUCGAUGAGGAUGACAUGCUAUCUGCUGCUUCUCAUAAUUUGGGAUCGACCAUGAUUUUAAUCACGUUGGUUGCUACUUACGGUGUACAUUUUGUGGCGAGCUUACUUUAUCUGGACCCCUGGCAUGUGGUAACCUCUUUUUGGGCUUACUUCGCGGGAACGACAUGUGGGUCCAAUAUUUUAAUGGUAUACGCGUUUUGCAACUGGCAUGACGUCUCCAUUGGCACAAAACCUGUCGAUAAGAGCAAGAACCUGCCGGAGGCGCAAACAAAGAGAGAUGAGAAGUCGAGGUUUAUCGAGGAAAUGGAACGACCGCAAGUUGAUAUUGACAGCCUCUUCCAUGCAACCGUCAAGCGAGCUUUGGCAACAUUCGAAGAACCACCUGAAUCAGAGGACAAAGACGCGGAUGAUAUUUAUAAAGCUUUCCGGACAUAUCUCGUGGCUUUGUGGGUUUUCAGUAACUUAAUAAUGGUGCUUUGCAUUAUGAGCACGGGAAUUUCCCAAUUCUGUCUUUUGACAUUACCGGAUAGACGGAUGUGGAAUUAUCUCUUGGCUGUUGUAUGGGGUACCGUUGGGCUUUCACUCUUCCGUUUUGCCGGUUCGCUCUUUUUCUUGGCCAAGACUACUCUUUGGAGAUGCGUCGAGCGAAGGUAG